AGGGCAAUAGAGCCACAUGUAGGGUGGAAUAAAUGGAAAAUCGACAGUAAAUCAAAGGAAAAAGGGCGACUUCGUCGUCAUCCCUAAAACCCUUUGAAAAACUCAGUAUAACUUCUGUUUUCUCUUUAUUUGCAUAGUUUGUCGCUUUUAGAUUUCUGUGAGCUGUUCUAUAGUCAGAAACCGCUGGAGAAAAGAUAAAAAUCAGGACCGAGUUAAGGCGUAAAAUACCAGAAAUUAGUACUUUUUCUCAUUUUCCAAAUUUAAACGUCACCUUUUUUAUUUUUUAAUGAAUUAUAGCAAAUUCUUAUUUUAGAAUUGUACCUACCCCCCUUAAUCUGUAAAGGAGAUUCUUGAAUUUUAAACCUUUAAAUUUUUCAAAAUUUUAGGGUUUUACAUUUUUUUUUUCCAUAACUUCUUUAGCAUCUGCCUAACUACUUUCUUUUUUGCCAAAUUGUUCCAAUAUUUAUUCCCCAUUCUGAUUAAAUAUUCAAUUCAAGCACUAAUUUUUGCUAAUACCCGUUUGCAAUUGUGGAUUCCUGAAUAAUUAUUUUUGGGUACAUUAAUUUCAAUUGUUUAGGGUUUUAGUGUAAUUUGUGUGUCAUUUUCUUGAAAAAAUGGAACAACCCAAUUCACCUGUAAGAUUCAAAUUGGGAAAACAGUCUUCUUUAGCACCAGAGAGAGCGGAAAGGGAAGAUGGUGAAGAUGGGGUUGUAAUUGAUAUUGAUCCAAGGGUAAGGCUAAUGUAUUCGGCGAACGAGGCUGAUAUAGAAGGGAUAGAAGAGCUAUUGGAAUGUGGGACUGAUGUUAAUUUUAGGGACAUUGAUAAGAGGACUGCUCUUCAUGUUGCUGCUUGCCAAGGAUCCACUGAUGUUGUGCAGCUGUUGCUUGAUAAUGGUGCUCAAGUUGAUCCCAAAGAUCGUUGGGGUAGCACGCCUCUUGCAGAUGCAAUACAUUAUAAAAAUCACGCGGUGAUCAAGCUACUGGAGAAACAUGGUGCCAAGCCUCCAAUGGCUCCCAUGCAUGUUAAUACUUGCCGUGAAGUGCCGGAAUAUGAAAUCGAUGCUAAAGAACUUGAUUUCACUAAUAGCAUUGAGUUGAGCAAGGGGACGUUCCAUAUUGCCUCAUGGCGUGGAAUACAAGUUGCUGUAAAAAAGUUUGGGGAGAAUGUGAUUGCUGAUGAGGAUAAAGUGAGGGCAUUUCGAGAUGAGCUUGCGUUGCUCCAGAAGAUAAGACAUCCUAAUGUCGUCCAGUUUCUUGGUGCCGUAACACAAAGUAGUCCUAUGAUGAUAGUGACAGAAUACUUACCAAAGGGUGAUCUCCGUCAAUAUUUGAAUAGAAAAGGAGCGCUUAAACUAACAAAAGCUCUCAGAUUUGCAAUGGACAUCGCGAG